CAGGUUUAUCUUUUUGUGACUGUCUUUUUCAACUGAUGACAGGGAGGAAGCUCAUAGCAGCUAAUUUCUUCAUUUUAUACUAAUUUACCCUUUUCUCCUUUCUACAAUAGCUGCAAUAUAAUGCUAUUUCAGUAGAGCAAUGCUUUUCAAAUUUGGCUCAAAGAGACUCUGAGCAAACAGCUUUUCAGAGAGCUCCAACUCAGCUGUCAGAAGGGGCAGUUUGGUUUCUGUGCAAGCAAUACCCGCAUUCCAAACUGCAUUUCAGAAAAGCCGGACCUUUUCCGCUCGUUCGUUACAUUCUCAAGAUGAAGCACCCGAUGGUUACAGCACUGCUGGUAGUACUGGUGCAGGUUUCUCAGAGUUUCCCUGCCUUGUAUCACCGAGGUUGGUGGAGGCUGUUAAGGGAAGGAGAUAGUUGUGGAAAAUGCGAUUUGGCACUUUGCUCUGAGCCUAAAGACUGUCCAGCCGGGACUGUAUUGGACCGUUGUGGCUGCUGUCCUGAAUGUGGAAAUGUGGAAGGUCAGAUCUGCGACUUGGACCAGGGCAAUCAUUUUUACGGGCAAUGUGGGGACAACCUCGAGUGCAGGUUGGAUCCUGAUGAAGCAAGGUAUGGGGAAGUCCCUGAACCCCAGUGUGUGUGCAAGUCUCAAGAGAGCAUCUGUGGACCUGAAGGGAAAACCUAUGAGAACAUCUGUCAAUUCAACAAGGCUUAUGCUACAAAAAGAAAUAUCAGCAUGAAACAUAAAGGACCAUGUGAAUCAGCUCCUGUUAUUUCUAUGCCACCUCAAGAUGUCCAGAAUUUUACAGGCAAUGAUGUAAUUUUUGGCUGUGAGGUGUCAGCCUAUCCUAUGCCACACCUUGAAUGGAAAAAAAAAGGGAAUAAAAUGUUUCUGCCAGGAGAUGACGCCCACAUCUCAGUACAGGCAAGAGGUGGGCCUCAAAAGCAUGGUGUGACAAGCUGGCUGCAGAUUCAAGGCCUCAAAAAAUCAGAUGAAGGUGUUUACAUCUGCCACACCAAAAAUAAGUAUGGUGCAACAUACGCUUCUGCAAGAUUGAAAGUCAUUGAUGGCUCAUCUCCUGCAUUUGCAUUUACUGCUGGCAGUAGAAGUGCAAGCUACAGCAUUGAAUAUGGCGACUAUUAUGACCAUUCUGAUGAUGAAGAUGAGGAAGAAUAUGAAUCUGGGGACUAUGAAAAUUGAAACAACUAUGAAUAAUAAUGUCCAAUACCUUUCACACUCCGUUAUAUUUACUAGUAGUCUCUGUGCUGUUAAUGGGUCCUCUGAUAACAUACAUAUUCACUUGUGUAUCCACCUUCCUGAAAUGCAACUUUGGCUGAAGCGUAUCAUGUUACUUACCAGAAAUAAGAACGACUGUAAAUCCAUACAUUUAGUCUGUUAAAUAAAAUUCUUAAACAUG